UCUUGCAGGUUAUGGGCAAAUCUCAACGUGCUGCCGUUGGAGGGUCACAGGAUCCGGCAGUCUCUCCCGCAAGACGUUUUACCCGGGCAUCCGCACGUAACAGCCCCCUAGAGGCAACUCAUCCCGCAAGCAGGAAUCCAUCGCCCAUCCGCAAUCCCACAAAGAAAGUGACAAAACGGAAGGGAUCUCGGGUCUCGCCACUGCUCCAACGACUCCGGUCCAUCACAUCAGAGUGGGAGAAAGAGCGCGAUGCUCGUGGUCAAAGCAUGAAGCCAACAUCUUCCACUCGAAGGGCAGUGCUUCAGGAUUCAGAGGGCCCUUUGGAGGAACAUGAUGAUAGGGAUGUUCCAUCACUUUUUGAUCCGACGGCACUGACACAGGAUGACGAUGAUACAAUCCCCCCCACACAAGCAGAUGACGAGACACUUCCGCCGACGCAGGACAUGGAGACUGCAGAGAGUGAUAUGCCACUCUUGGAUGAAGGGCCAGGCUCCGACCCCACUCUGAUGACAGGAACAGAGGCGGGCAAUAUGGCACCAUUGGACGAGAUGACAUCGCACGACGCUGGUUCGUCAAAGAAAAAGCAGGGGAGAGGGGCGGCACGAAUGCCGCGUGGAUGGGGAAAAGAUCACAGGAUGCUUGUAUUCACAUCGCCGGAUGGUAAAAGCAUCGUCGGACCCGACGUAAACGAGUACAAGACAGCCAUUGGGGUCAUUGCACGCAACGGAGCUCGACUUCCUCUACAUUACCCCACGUUCGCUGAGAUACCGGAGACGAAGAGACAGGGUGCAUGGAUGGAGGUUCAGAGUAACAGCGGAUUACCAGACUCAGCGGAGAAAGUGGUCUUGGCUGACCUAAGGGAAGUUUGGAGGCACUGGAAAUACAGCAUCAAAUCAACUUACUUCAAUCCGAUCGAGGACGAUGAAGAAGCACUGAAGAAGGUUCCCUCAAGCAGGAUUGUGCCCGAUCAGUGGCCGAAGUUGGUUGAGUAUUGGCGCGACGAGAAGGUGAAGCUUCAAUCCAAGAAAAAUGCGUCGAACGUAGCGAAAAGAAGCUUUCCACAUCGUACUGGGCGGAAGUCAUUCACGACUCUGGCAGAGGAGAUCAAGGCAAAGGGGAAGGACCCCGACAAUCUGGAGAUUUGGAUUUCCAGUCGCACACAAGGCAAGGGAAAGGAUGACCAAGAAACCGAGGAGAUAUUGACUUAUUUACAGAAUGAGCUAAACAAGGUUCCCCCUGAAGGGCGGACUCCCUCUGUUCGGGAGACUCUGUACCGACGGGCCCUUGGGGGAAAGAUUAAGAAGCGGUCAAAGGUCGACAGUGCGGCAACUUCAGCUCAUCCCCGCAGCGAGUCAUCUGGUUUAACAGACAGUGUAGCAUUCCAGCAUGGGUGGGAACAACUACAGAAUGGAAUGGAGGAGCUGAAGGCAAUGAUGGAUGAGUUCAAAACCAUCAAGGCUGAUGUGUAUGCAUUCAUGCACAGAAACUCCGGAGCGGUUACUGGCCAGGCAGGCACAUCUCGUAUUGAUUCAGUCCCUGAGAUUCCCAGGCCUGUGUCCGAGCCAAGCAUGACGGUCGGCACACAUGUGCUUCUAUUAUCCCGCACCGGUGAGAAAAAAGUUGUUGCAGAGGGACUUCUGCUCUGCCCCCCUGGGCCAGGUGACACACUUUCCUUGGUCAAGGUCUUCGUGACAUCCGCGUCAGUCCCGGACACACCCCUUAUUUUGCCGACCAUUUCUGGGGCGACUACCCUUCGCGAUGUCGUCGGCGAAGAUCCUAUUGAGUGGAGCUACAACGACCUCAUGCGCCGGGCUUGAAAUGUUGUUACCGAU